AUGGCAACGACACCAGUGAGCCCCAGGGCUACCAACCCUACGAGCACAGCAGCCUCAAGCCGGACACCGAGCCCAGCUAUGAGAGGAGAAGUUUGGACCAAGACCACCCUGUCAUGCCUCAAGAUGGCAACGACACCAGUGAGCCCCAGGGCUACCAACCCUACGAGCACAGCAGCCUCAAGCCGGACACCGAGCCCAGCUAUGAGAGGAGAAGUUUGGACCAAGACCACCCUGUCAUGCCUCAAGGCUCGCCGCAGCCGCCGGCUGAGGAUGAGGAGGAGGAUUUUGACGACACGCUGGUGGCUGUUGAUACCUACAACUGUGACCUGCACUUCAAGGUGGCUCGGGACCGGUACAGCGGGUACCCCCUGACCAUCGAGGGGUUCGCCUACCUCUGGGCGGGUGCCCGGGCCACCUACGGUGCCCGCCAGGGCCGUGUCUGCAAUGAGAAGAAGGUUAACGAGGAAAUCUCUGUCAAGCACCUGCCCUCUACCGAGCCAGACCCCCACGUUGUCCGGGUGGGCUGGUCGCUGGAUUCCUGCAGCACUCAGCUGGGGGAGGAGCCGUUCUCCUACGGCUACGGCGGCACCGGUAAGAAGUCAACCAACUGCAAGUUUGAAAAUUACGGGGAGACCUUUGCUGAGAACGACGUCAUUGCCUGCCUGCUGGACUUCGAGUGUGGGGAGGAGGUGGAGAUGUCGUUCCUGAAGAACGGGCGGUGGCUGGGGGUGGCGUUCCGGGUGCGCAAGGAGGCCCUGGGGGGGCGGGCGCUGUUCCCCCACGUCCUGGUGAAGAACUGUGCCAUCGAGUUCAACUUCGGGCAGCGGGACCAGAGCUUCUGCCCCCUGCCCCCCGGCUUCCCCCUGCUCCAGCCCCUGCCCCUGGCUGAGCGUGUCCGCGGCACCCAGGGGCCCAAGAGCAAGGCUGAGUGUGAGAUCCUGCUCAUGGUGGGCUUGCCGGCCGCUGGCAAGACAACCUGGGCACUGAAGCACGCAGCUGCCAACCCCUCCAAGAAAUACAACAUCCUGGGGACCAAUGCCAUCAUGGACAAGAUGAGGGUAUGACUGAUGGGGCUGCGGCGGCAGCGGAACUACGCGGGGCGCUGGGACGUGCUGAUCCAGCAGGCCACCCAGUGCCUCAACCGCCUCAUCCAGAUCGCUGCCCGCAAGAAGCGCAACUACAUCCUCGACCAGAGCUACGGGCAGACCUACGGGCAGUACCAGCAGUAUGCCCAGCAGUGGAGCCAGUACUACCAGCACCAGAGCCCCUGGCCCCCCUACUAUGGCACCUACGACUAUGGGGGGGGCUACAGCAGCUCCCAGGGGGGGACCA